UGGGAAGUAGUGGAGAACUUUCUAAUUGAUUUCUAAGUGAGGAGGGGUCUGGGAAUGUCAUCCAAAGAACACUUGAUUGGGGAAGAAAUGUUGUUCUUCAAGACCUGUCAAGUGGUUAAAACAUCUAAGGUUUGUGCAUGUAGCUUGCACGGUGAGAAGUUAAUGUUACACUAUACACUCAUCAUUCAGCUUCAAUAUGUCCUUUGAGGAAGUAAUUAGUAAAAUAACAAUGGUUCCCCAACGGUUAGGGACCAGUCUUAAACCAUCAGAUCCUGGUCACCUUCUAAAAUGAACACCACAUCCUUUGUUCUGGCAGGACCGCGCAGAGGGUUGUGGGAAAUCUAACCCCCAACAAUGACGUCUCUAGAGAACAGGAAAUAACUUGCCCGCUUUCUUUUACGCACGCGUAGUCCCGCCCAUACGUCAUUUUCUCCCGGAAGUUCCUGGCCCUUCCCCUCGCUAUAGCUACUCUGUUAGUGGAGUUGCCUUGUGUCCAUGAAGCGUGCUAAUACAUGGAGUAUUUUUGAGGAGGUAAUCUAAGUCUGCGCCUGCCUGUUCUCUCACAACUUUCCUUUCCUACAUUUAACUUCUCUCAGCUAUGCCUCCAGAGUCUUCUGUGUGUUUCAAAGAGCAACUAAAAAUGAAUAAAUCUCCGGUGUCAGUGUCCUUUGAGGAUGUGGUUGUGGACUUCACCUGUGAGGAGUGGCAGGACCUGGAUGAUGCUCAGAGAACGCUGUACAGGGACGUGAUGCUGGAGACCUACCGCAGCCUGGUAUUGCUGGGGCAUUGCAUCACUAAACCUGAGGUGAUCUUUAAGCUGGAGCAAGGAGCAGAGCCAUGGAUGGGAGAACCACCCCCAAAUCUGAGCCCCCCAGAAGAAACUUGGACAUACAAGCACCAGAAGAAAGGCCAUGUGAUGGUGAAGCGGGGGCACCACCCGCCAACCAAGAAGAGAGGAUUCAGAAGAAACAGACCUUGCCAAUGCCCUGAUCUUGGACUAUGAGCCUCCAGGACUGUGAGAAAUGAUUUUUCACUGUUUACAUCAUCCAACCUAUGACAUUUUGUUAUUGAAGUGCUAUGAAACUAAUUCAAAUACUCUAAAGACUAACAGGAAAAAUUAUUAUAAUAUAUAGGCAUAUUAUAAAAUAAAGGUACUUGCAUGUGAAUGCUUCAAGAUAC